AUGGAGCUCAAGGGGAAGAUUCCAGGCAAGGUCAUCAAGAAGGGUGCGGUCUGGAAAAACCACUUCACCGAUGACCUAGACUUCAAGCACCUGGUGGACGAUCCUGGCAGCGGCCAGCAGGUGACGAAGAUCAUCACAGACCUGAACGCCACCAGGAGCUUAAAGGAUCUGGUCAUGGAGAGAGUAGGGAAGGAGAAGCAGCAGUCGGAGGUGCCGGAGGACCAGGCCUACUGCAAGAGGGCUGUCCAGUUCGCCGACCUGCUGGAACGGAUGACCGCGCUGGACCCAGCGAACCGGAUCCGCCCUGACGACGCCCUGCAGCACGCGUUCCUGCAGGAACCUUGUGCCUCUGGAGAUACAUCGAGGGCCUCGUCUGCGAUGGAACCGCCCGUCCUGCCCCGGAAACAGCCCCUGAGGCCGAGGUCGUCGAAACAAUGCCGGCACUGAGACCAGCCAGGUCGAGGGAGCUUUGGGCACCGCUCGCCUCGCUCAGCAGACUCGGCCCGAGCUUAUCGGCCCCCUCUCAGCCUCGGGGGAGCGGCGCACGUCAUCCGAGGAGCGAGGAGGCAUUAUGAUGAGAUGUCUCAAGGUUUCCAGGCUUUCUGAUCACCCC